AUGAAAGCAAACAAAAUUCAAAGAAUAUCAAACAGAAUCAAAAAGAAAACUAUUUAAGCCUUGCUUUACAUUUCAGAAGAUGGAUUUGAUAUCACGAAAAGCUCCUUUUUUAAUUGUCUCAAAAUGAUAAUGUAUUUUCUAUAGUUGGAGGGAUAUGUUUUUAGUUAAUAUGAAUCAAAACCCUUAACAUUGAAAGAAAACAUUUACUUUUCCAAUUAUACACAAUUAUCUGCGUUUACAUUUAUUCUUUUUGAAAUUGGGAAUGAUCUCUUAACAUAAACAUUUUUUUACCUAAUAUUUUUCUUGCAUUUAGUAAUAUACUUACUGCUUCUAAUAUUAUCAUUAGAUAAAUCCAUCGAGAAAACAGGAAUAACAAAAAAAAUGUUGAACUUAUUUUUUACUAAUUAUUAAUGGAUAUUUGUGACACCUUUUUAAGAAAUUAGUGUCGGAGUAAUGGUUUGCGGUGACAAUGCCUUUAUCAAAUCAAACCAAUUUUCUCAAGACUGUUAAUAAACCAAAAGUCAUUUUUUAUAUAUUUUUGGAACAAUAUCAACAAUCUUUGUAUUUAUAUCUGGUUUUUCAAUUUCCUAUUUUUUUAGAAAUUAUUAAUUCAAUGAUAAGACUUUUUCAAGAUAAUUCAAUUAUGUAACUAUUCUAAGGAUAUUGCUCCAUCAAAUUGUUAUUAUCUUAUAUUACAUCAAUAUGAGUAGCAUUGAUUAUGUAAAACACACAGCCUCGUAAAUAAUAGGAUUAACACUAAUUUUCGAUAUUUUGUUUAAUUAGCCAUUUGGACACUCCUUUGAGUCUAAGUUUUAUAGUGCGGCAACUCUUAACCAUCAAUGUCUCUUGAUAUUGACUACUAUUUGGAUCUUUAGAUCUAAACAAAAUGAUGAGUUUAUUUUUUUGGCUUUCCUAAUUUUUAUUCCAAUUAAUACAUUUGUGUCCAAUCAAUUUUUAAGAUUGAAAUAAUUGGAAAUUUAUAAUUCAUUUAAUCCUUUGGUAUUUUAACGCAGAUUUGAUAAGCAAUUAGAGGAAAUAUAUCGAGUGGCAGAAUCAAGUGAAUCCAAUGUAGAAUCCAAAUUAUUAUUGCAUUUGAUUUUUAAGAAUCAUAUUUCUAUUUGCAAAGACAUUGAGUGUUUAUGCAUGCAAAAUUUAAAAUCAUUCUUCAUUAAUAGUUCAAUCAAUAGCAACGCACUGAAUCGGUGGUCAACCAUAUUAUUUUAAAAGCAAUUAAACUUUGCUCUAAUUCAUAAGGAUUUUGAUGUCUAUGAACAUCUUUCAUUGAAAUUUGUCACAUUUCUAGCCAAAUAUUAGAACAACCCUAUUAAUGCUUACUCAAUAUUGUAAAAGAUUAUGAGUAGCCAAUAAUCUUAAUCUUAAUUGUCACCAAAUAGAAGAUAAACUACAACUUCAUUUUAUUUCAAAAAUAUCUAAUAGAUUCUUUUGAAACGCAAUCGAAAAUAAUUCAUGAGUCAAUAAGUACAUUGUUCAAAAAAGGUUGAGUCCUUAUUACAAGGAUAGGCUUAAAUAGAAAAUAUUGGUACCUAAAUAUAAGAGGAAUUGUUAAAAUUAGCAAUGGAAAAGUAAAGGUUUUGGGAGAACUACGCCAAUAACAAAAUAGCAUCAAUCUAGCUAUUGGAUUAAGCAUUGGAUAGAGUUUAACAAAUGAUUAAUCAGACAAACUAUGCUGUUUAGCAAUUGAGGAAUAAAAUACAGCACUUAGUUAGUCAUAAAAAUGAUUGUGUCAGUAUUUUAAAUUUUGAAUUGCUCUAUAAGAUUUGUACAACAAAUAAUGCUUAAGAGAUUUAUGCUAUCCAGUAGAAAAUCAAAUCAAUUUUAUUUGCGGACUAGUACGAGGAUGAAUGCUACUUGAAUAUCCACUUUCAAACCAAAGAAUGCAUAUCUUUAAUAGCAAAUGUUUCUUAGUAUAAAAGAGGAGAACUUUGGAAACCAAAUCAGGCUGUUAUACAGAAGUUCUUUCAAACAAAUAAGGAAAUUAAGCACUUAAAUGAUUUGUUACCACAUUUCAUAGCUGAUAUCCACAAUGGAAUCAUAGAAAAUUACAUUAGAUAAGGUAAAAGUUAAAGGAGUGAGGCAAUCAUAUCAAUUCUUUCCAUCAUCGGAGAAGAAUACAUUUAACCAAUAACAUUUACUCUCAGGUUCUUUUUCCCCAAAUUUGAUUCUGAUAAUGAUUUUUACAUGAUAGGAUUUCUAAAGAAGGAUGAAGAAGUUAAUGAUAGCAAUUAAAAUGAAAAGAAAGUUCCAGGAUAUAUUUGUUUUGAUCAAAAUUUAAAUGUAUUAGCUAUUAAUUCUGUUGUUGCCAACAAAUUAAAUCUCAAAAUUUAACGUUAUAAUAAUUAUAACGGAUUAGAUAUUUGCUCAUUAUUACCCACAAUAUUAUCUUCAUUGAUCGAUUAAUACAAGUAAAUCUUAAGCGGAAAGAUUGAUAACCUAAUUGAUAACGAAAUGAUAAUUUCAAAAAAUUAAGAAUUAUUUUAUGUUCCAAAUGAAUUCUCAAAAAAUUAUAAAAUCAAUCCCAAUGAUAGUUUAGAAGAUAAAAUUCGAAAAUUUGAAUAGAUUUAUGCUGAAACAAGUGAAGAUUAAUAUCAAUUCUCGAACACUUAUCAAGUGGAUUAUCAAAUAUUUUCAAAGAGAUUGAGAUACUUUGAUGAACCGUCAAACACUGUUCAUUAUAGAGAAUUCUUUAUCUUAAGAUUACAAUUCUUAGAAAACACUGGGUCUAAUGAUAGUUACAAUGGAAGAGUGUAUUAAUAAAAUAAGAGUAUAUUAACAGAAAUAAAUGAUAAAGAUCUGGAUGGAAUGGUAGAAUUGGCAUCUAGCAGAUCAAAAUCAAGUACAAAGUCUGUACUGUAAUAGAUACAAAUAUUUCACCAUCUCUUAUCAAAUCUAAAUCAAAGCAAACAUUAAAGAUUUUUCAAAAUGAUAAACAUUUUCUUUUUAGUCUUUUUUGUUUUCACUUUCAUCUCUAUUAGUUUUACUUUCAAAGAUAUAGAUUUUGCAUUCGAAGAUUGUCAGACUACAUAAAUUUCAAUGUUAAAUGAAGCAGCAGUCUACUCUAAUUUAGUCAAUAGUUUAAACAAUCAAGGAAUAGUUGAUAUAGCCAAACCUCAGCUUGAUAUUGACAUUGAUGAUGUAAAACUCAGCAUUUCUUAUUUGCAAUACCAAUAAAUUUUAUCAGAUUUGAUAGAGUACACAUCAAACAACUUUCUAACAGUGAUUCAAGAGGUUGAGUUCAUUUUGGAGUUGCCUAGUAACUUCACUAUGUAGUUAUACUCUGAGUUUGGUUAAGGAAUAGAAUAUAAUAAAAUUGAAAAUGUUUUGACAUUCAGAUAAAUACUAUCUCAAAAUAUUCAAAACUUUAAAUCGUUUAGAAAAAAAGAAGACUUGGGUUCUAUUGUUUUGAAUUAUUUUAAAUACAUAUAGCAAUUAAAGCUAUCCACUAAGUCAUGCUUCGAGGAAUUCAAAGAAGAAACCAGCGAACUAACUUCAAGAGCUUAUAAAACCCUAAUUUUUAUGUAUGUUUUAUUAAUUUUUAUUUAUUUGUCACAGAUCUUUAUGGUGAAUAGAAUGAUCAAGAGACAUAAAUUUAUGCUAAAAUUAUUUAUAAGGACAGAUUAUAAAGAAGCUUUACUUGAGAAUGAUAAAUAUUCAAUAUUAACUUCAUGGUUUACUUAAACUAAAAAAGGUUGGGAUCAAAAAAGUAUGUCAAGUUUAUUGUCAUAACUAAAUUUAAGUGUUAAGUCUUUAAAAGAUGAGGAUGAUAUUAUCAAUGGGUUGACUUCUUCGGAUAAGAGAUCGACUGAGAAAGGGGAGAAGUUGAUUGAGAACAACGAAAAGUUGAAGAUGCAUUUUUCUCACAAAUACAAGAAUUUUACUGGUUAUAUUACUAUAACAAUAUUGGUACUGUUCACUUUAAUUUACAUUUUGACUUUCCAUAUUCAAAUAACUGAAAUAUCAGAAGAGCUGCUUAUAUUUUCCUCAUUUAGUUUGUUAUUGUAAGAUUAUUAAAUUAACUAUUUGGUACAAUAUUUUCGAUGUCAAUAUUACAUGAAUUACUAGUUCUACAAUUAUUUUGAGAAUCAGAUAAUGGCGGAGAUAUACAGACAGGACAAUUUCACAGAAUAAGAUCUGUAGGAUGAUCUACAGUAGUUAAAUAAGAACGUGUUUAGUUCAAUUUUAACCAAUUUCGAUGAUGCAUUAAUGGAUAGGAUCUUGAAGUUGAGUGAGGAGGAGUAGACUAAAUUUUUUUAAGGAAAUGUCUGUUGGUUGGAUCAAAAGAUCUGCGAUGAGGGUUCUCGAAAGGUGUUAUUGAAGGAGGAGAUAGAGAGCUAUUACAACACUAGUUUGAAUCAGAUAUUUUUGUAACAGGGACAAAUCUUUUAUGAGAAUAACGAGAUGUACAAUAUGGAAGGGUUGAUUGGAAAGUACGUUAAAAAUUUGUUGAAUUCGAAGGAGUAUUUCUUAAACAAUGUUUGGGGUUUCGAUAUCAUAAUUAGUAGAGUGAGCAAUUCGAUUGUGUACUUUUAGAGUAGGAUGAAUGAAACAAUCGAAGAUAGCGAGACUAAUAUGUUUCUGUAUGCACUUAUGAUUGGCUUAAUGUAUUUUUUUCUGUUGAUGAUGUUCAUCGUGUUGUUUGAAUGGUACUUCAACAAACAGGAUCGGAAGAGGAGGUAGUGUUUGUUAUAGAUGCCGUUCUCAACUAUUUUAAAGAAGAAUAUCUAUUCUUGUCUAAAAUUCAUUGAUUGA